ACAGUGAAGAAGAAAGGAGACGAAGCCAGCAGGAAGCUGAUUGCUCACAUUCACAGCAGAGAUUCAACACUGUACUCUGAGCUGGGUCUGUCCUGUGUUCAACCUGCUCAGCCCGCUGCAGUGCGACCGAGUGAGCAGGAAUGGUCGAUCACCCUCAACCCUGCCACUGAGUCAUUCUGGAUGGACAAAGUGAAAGAUAACAUUGUUUACCCUGUGGACAAAAAAUCCAUUAAGAACCGUGUGGCCCUGCUGAUCACUAAUAUAAAGUUUACUGAUGAGAAGAUGAACAGAAAUGGAGCUGACAAGGACGAGGAGAACAUUGAGAAACUGCUCACGGCUUUGAAAUAUGAGGUGGUGAAAUACACAAACCUCACAGGAAAGGCGAUUGAUGAUGCUAUACUUAAGUUCUCUAAACAUCCGAAACUCAAAGAGACAGAUAGUGUGAUAGUGGUCAUCAUGUCUCAUGGGAAACUGGGAAAAGUCCUUGGUGUCGACUGGAAAAAGGGUGAUGAGAAACCAGAUGAGUUCCUCAUCGACAACAUUUACAAACACUUGGGCUCAGAGAAAUGUCCAGCGCUGCUGGACAAACCCAAGAUCAUCAUCAUCCAGGCGUGCAGAGGAGAGGAGGAAGGAUCAGCAUUUGUUAGAGAUGUGGUCAGUGAUGAUGCGUCACAGUCAAAUGUGCCCCCGCCUGCUGAUGAAGACAACUUAGAGGCUGAUUCUUUGAAAUGUGUACACAAAGAAAAAGACUUUACUGCUCUUCUUUCCUGCACUCCUGAUACUGUCUCAUAUAGACAAAUAGAUCUGGGGUCUUUUCUCAUCCAGUAUAUUGUUGAGGUAUUUAACACCUUCGCGCAUAAGGAUGACAUUGAGGAACUCUUCAGAAUAGUCAUGCAACGCUUUGAAAAGUUCUCCCCUCAAACUAAAAGACAGAUGCCGACCAAAGACAGAUGCACUCUGAUAAAACGCUUCUACUUCUUCCCAGGCCUCUAAGGGCAGGAUUCACUGUUGUUCAACACAGACUUGAAGCUGUGUUUAAAAUGAUGCUUGCAGUGUCUUUUGAGGCACUACUUUGUGAAAAGAUAAAACUUAUAGAUGUAUGGCUUAACUGGCCCACUGGGCACAGGCCAAGGGGCCCGAGGGGCAGAGCAAAGAGAUGUAAAGGGACACAAAACAACUGCAAAGAGACAUAAAAUUUCUUAAAAGAGAUGACAGACAGAAAAGGACCACAAAGAUUCGGCCAUGUUGUCUCUUUUAAAUCUUGGUGGUUUGCCUUUUUGUAGUAGGGGUUUGGGGCCUUCAAUAUGUCUGUCCAGGGGAAUGUUGUCUCUUAAUCUGUCCAUGAUAAAACUAUUGUAUAUACUUAAAACAUACAUUUAUAUUUCUAUAUAUCUGGCAGUGUGUAAGCCUUUAGAUAAAUGGAACAUAGACAUUUUUAUCAACUUGCAUUCAACAGGUUGUUUACUCACGGACGUCAUGCAGCUAGUCUACAAGAUACUGAAUGAAUGAUUUUUGUUCCUCCACCAAACAUUUUAAAACAUGCCUGCCUGUGAAUGUAUGAAAUCCCUUUGAUCCUUGAGACGACCAAGGCAACGUGUCAAAUGUGGAAGGUUUGUUAUCUAGUUUAAACUCUGUAAAAGUUAUGGGACACCAGACAUGAAUGCCAUGAAUUAUUUAAAUGACAAAUUAUUUUCCUAACGUCCCACCAUUUAAGAGAGGUGGUGGUAUUUAUUUAACAGAGACUAGAAUGUUUGGAAAUCCUUUCCAGGGCAGAGACAGGCAGCAUAAAAAUGUUGGUAGAUGUGGUUGCUCAGAUAACUCUCAGAUCUUGUAAGUGAUUUGCAGAACAGACACACGAGAAGCUUAUUUUGAUUUGUAUUGUGACACGUUAACAUUGAAUGGGCAUUUGCUUUUGUACUUUUUUGGAGUAGCCUAAUUUUGUCCAGGCUUUGAUCCACAAAUAAAAACUUAACAAAAUCAA